GUCGUGGGUCAUCCUGGGCACGGCCCCGCGCGUGUCCGCCGCCGCCGCCGACGAGCUCCAGCCCGUCCCCGACGUCUCCCUCGCGCUCGCCACGCCGCCGCUCGUCACCCAGCUCACCGUCGCCCCGACAGUCUUCGCCGCCGACCCGGACCCGCAAGCCCGCAUGUCCAACCCCUGCGUCCUCUCCGCGGACCCCUCCGGCCUCUUCCUCGUCCUCGCCCCGCCGUCCGUGUCCGAGCGCCCCCUCACUGAGGCGCGCGUCCACCGCGGCUCCGAGGGCGUCGAGCGCACCAUCCACAUCGGCCGCAUCCCCACGCCAGCCUGCUUCGUCCUCGACGUGCCCUCCGCCGCCGCCUCCCGCGUCCCCGACCCGGACUUCCUCAACGCCUCCAGCGUCGGCGUCAUCGCCGCGCCCGGCGGCCGCGGGUACAUGGUCGUCGAGUUCCAGAACAUCGUCGGCUGCGACGAGGCCACGCUGAUCGGCUUCUCUGAUCGGCUUCUCGUCCGAAGCCGGCGAGUGGUUCGAGCAGGACGUCGCCAACCCCCUGCCCAGCUGGAUCUGGAGUUUCGACGACGUCAUCUCCCACGACGGCAAGCUAUGGUGGGUCGACCUCGCCUGCGACCCCUUCGCCGACCAGCCGGACGUGGCCUUCGUGCCGCUCCCGAAAGCAGGCGAACACGGCGGGGCCCGUCACGCUUGCAGCUACUGCUCCCAGAGAAAGCGCGCCUCCCGCCGCAGCGCGCAGGUCAGCAAUGGCAAGUUCCGUUGUCUCGAGAUGAGCUGUCCGCUCCAGCGCCAGGGCGGCGCACCGAAGUUCACCAUGCACACCCGGAGAAAGCUCAGUGGACGCCCGAGUACUGUGUAAGCUUUGCCGAGAUCUGGGCCGGCGAGAGCUACAAGGCGGCGGGGCUGCCGAAGAAGGCGCCCGUGGUCGCCCUCAUCCACCCCAAGAACCCCGACGUCGUCUACUUCUUCGUGGAGUACCUCUUCGCCGUCAACAUGCAUACCAAGGUGGUGGAGGGCGAAUUCCACAUGGUCGGCGCCUCCCGUGUUCUCGCGUGGGAGCUGCCGCCCGCGCUAACUGCAGGUUCCUCCGGGAGUCUCUGAAGAUGAAGAAAGGGACGGGUGGCAAGCCGGCCAGCUGAUUGCAAGCAGAUAUGCUAGCGUCCUCUUGCGUCGUCCAGGCCCAGAAGACGAGUUAGGAAGAUGCUCUUAUCACCGGUGGACAUUAUGGUGUUCGUCUGCCUUUCAACCAAGGAGAUGUUUCUCUUUCUAGAACUUUGUCACUUGUUUUCUGCGAAAUAUUUCAGUAGCUCCUGCUGACUCAAUAACCGAUAGGCAUGUCUGUGGAUCCCUGUGUGCGGUGACCGGUAAUGCCCCUACGUUUCAUGAGUUA